AUGGCGUCUCUCUGUCAGGCUUUGGAAACUGUGAGGCGAGAUUUAAGACGAACUGACAGAGAAAUCAAGAGGCGUUUAAGGUUCAUGGACAUGCAUUGCUGCCAUAGCUUCUGCAACAGACAUCUUCACUUACAUUGCCUCUGUGACAUAGGCUGCCACCCACAUUGUUGUUGUACUCUCCACCCAUAUCCGCACUGCCUUUGUGACAUUCUGUGCUGCAGUCCGUGUCGACUACCAUGCCUCACAUCGUUGGAGAGGAAAGCCAUUAGAGCUAAAAUAGAAGCUGAGCAGGAACUGGCCAGGAUUCGAAGAAGGGUUACUAAGAUGCUGGAAUCAUCCACUCGUCCAAAGCUUCUGGCUUUGAUGGACAUUAAAGGUUAUGACCCUGAGGACAUAUCAGUGAGAGUGCAAGACGGGAAAGUCAAAGUGUCCGCUGAACAUGAAGAAGAAUUAAAGACCUGCCACGGAAAGGAGUACAACUACUCAACAGUCACCAAGGAGAUCUGUUUGCCACCAGGAGUGUCAGAUGAGGAAGUCACUUACAGUAUAGGGCCCACCAGUCUUGUGAGAAUAGAAUCUCCACGUCCGUGUCCUCCUUGCCUGUUGAGUUUGCUUUAA